AUGACCCUCGAAAAUAAUACUUUUACACAAGACUUAAUUAGUCGACUUAUAGUCGCAAACACAGCCUCUCUUAGGGAUGAGAUAGCUUUGCUAAAAGAGCAGCUUUCUGCAGUAAAUACUCCCAAAGUAGUAGAAUUCGAAACGGAAGUAGUAGACAGCCGUAUAAUAUGUGAUGAGACCUUGGACAUAGUAAAAUCACUUCCCGAAUUUAGUGGAAAAAAUAGUUAUGUUAGUUGGCGGGCCGCAGCCAUAAAUUCCAUGAGUUUAUACAAUAGAGGUAGCAGGAAGUAUUUCGGUGCACUAACCAUUUUAAGAAAUAAAAUUAUAGGCGAGGCCAACGAUACUCUAACAAAUCACGGCACUUGUCUAAAUAUGGAUGCCAUUAUUGCUCGGCUUGAUUUUGCAUAUUCGGACAAACGUCCAAUUCAUAUAAUAGAACAGGAAUUAAGCGUGUUACGACAGGGCAAUCUUUCGGUUAUGGAAUACUACAAUUUAGUCAAUAAAAAGUUGACUCUCUUAAUAAAUAAGACUAUAAUGACCCACGGAAGCGAUGAGUCAAUUACUAAAGAACUUAAUAGAAAGAAUAGGCAAAACGCUUUAAGAAUAUUCAUAACUGGUCUAAAAACACCAUUAUCUGACAUUUUAUUCUCACUUUGUCCGGAAGACUUGCCAAAUGCAUUAGCAAAAGCUCAGGAACUCGAAGCAAACAAUUUGAGGGCAAGAUUCGCUUUAAAUUUUCAGAACAAUGGGAAACAAACUCCAAUGAAUAAUUCAAACCACUAUCAAAACCAGUACAACAGACAAAGGAGAUACGAUCACACACCUAGGAACACAAUCCAAAAUAAUUUAAGAUUCCCUAAAGCGAAUAUUAAUAAUCAAAAUCAAAUUCAAGAACCUGUUGUACCAAUGGAAGUGGAUCCAUCUGUAUCCAACCAAUUCCAAAGAAACAACAGUUAUCAAUCAUCUAAUAGGAAUCACUGGAACAACUCAAAUAGGAACUCGCAUUCUUUUAUGCAGGGAUCGGGAUAUCACAAUAACCAAACUCAAAAAAGAGUUCAUGAGAGUGUUCAGAGAGUGCAAGAAAGAUUUUAUGAAAUUGAAAAUUUAGAAGCAGAUAUACUUAUAGGAUAUAAUAUUUUAAAAAGAAUAAAUGCUGUUGUAGAUUUAGGAAACAAUGAAUUAAGAUAUAAUGGAAAAACCGAAAGAAUAUACAUAGAUUCGAACAAACAUAAACAGAAAAAUGAUAUGAUAAUGAUAAAUAAAUAUCUGGACUCACUGAAAAAAGACGAAACUGAUGAAGAAAUAAACAGCACUUUUUCGAGAACAGAAUCUGCCAAAACAGUAAGCAGUAAUCUUUCAGAGAAGGAUAACCUUAUGAACAUACUGGAACAGGAAGAUCAUACUGAAUUAGCUAGAAAAAUUCCCGGCGUGGAUAAUGACAUAACAAGAAAGGAAGAGUCACAAAAAAUAUUGAUAUACAAAAACAAUAUAAUAAAGCAAAUACAAUCGACGCAUUCAAAAAUAAAUACAAGCUUACCCUUUAGAACGGACGUUAGAGCAGAAAUUAGAACUAACUUAGACACUCCUAUUUGGAGCAAGCAGUAUCCUUAUCCUCUCUCUUGUAACAAUUACGUAAAUGACGAAAUAGCUAGAAUGCGGGAAAAUGGAGUCAUCAGACCAAGCAAGAGUCCAUAUAAUUCCCCGAUAUGGAUAGUUCCUAAGAAAGGAAAUAACGAAGAUGGAACUGGUAAACAUAGGCUAGUUAUCGACUAUAAAAAGAUAAAUGAGCAUACCAUAGCGGAUACGUAUCCAAUACCAGACCCUAGUAUAAUCCUGUCAAAUCUAGGGAAUUCUAAGUAUUUUUCAACAAUCGACCUGGAGUCAGGAUUUCAUCAAAUUCUAAUGAGAGAAAAUGAUAUCGAAAAAACCGCUUUCUCAAUUAACAAUGGGAAAUCGGCUUGCACUAAUGCAUUAUACGAGUACAUGAUCAAGGCAAUAACAACAACAUCCGCGUGUAACUCUCAUUAA